AUGGACGGCUUCAAGCUCCCCGAAAUCCCGGCCUUGACCUUACAAGAAGGCGUUAAGAAGGACGAAGUUGACGCGGACAGAAUUUCCAGUGAAUGGCUCUCCAAACUCGAGAAGCGGUUCGCCGAAAAGUCUUUCAGCGACAUCUCCGACUUGUUCAUCGACGACUGCUGGUGGAGAGACAUCGUCGGCCUUUCAUGGGAUUUCACCUGCAAGCAAGGCCAAGACAACAUCAAAAAGUACCUAGCCUCAGCAAACCAUGGUCUCUCUGAGCUGCAGACCAACAAGCUUGGCGGGUUGAAGCCAUUGCUCCUCGACUUUGACGGCAUGGUCUGGAUCCAAACUGGCUUCACCUUCCGGACGCCGCAUGGCGAAGGAAAGGGAUUGCUCAAGCUAGGCAACACUAGCAAAGACGAGUGGAAGGCAUGGACCGUCUUUACGCAGUUGGAGAAACUCGAUUUCCAGAAGGAAGUCGAGGCACGGCACGCGGCUUCGGUUCCGACGCCAAAGGCGCCCGUCACUAAUGGUGUCAACGGGGUCAACCGAGUCAACGGCAUCAAUGGACACGCCCAUGUAGAGCCCGAGGAAGACCUGCAGGUUCUGAUUGUCGGCGCAGCCCAAGCCGGCCUGAUGCUCGGCGCACGCCUCCAACACAUGGGCAUCAAAACCCGCCUCGUAGAACGCAGCGCACGCCUUGGUGACUCUUGGCGAGAACGAUACCAAAGCGUCACGCUGCAUACGCCGACCUACACCGAUCAUUGGGCGUUCAUGAAGAUCCCCGAGACCUGGCCACGGUUCCUGACGGGCGACAAGGUUGCCGAGUUCAUGGAGCACUACGGCCAGCUGAUGGGACUCGACAUCGCCUUCAACACGGAAGUCACAAAGGCUACAUAUGAUGAAGAGAAGAAGAGAUACCGUGUCGAGCUUCGCACGCCUGAGGGAACACGGACGUUGUCGGCGCGGCAUGUGGUCUUGGCCACGGGCGUGUACGGCGACCAGCCCAAGAUCCCUCACUUCUCAGGUCAAGAGAUGUUCAGGGGGCAAAUCUAUCACUCAAAGUACCACAAGACUGCCGCCAAGAUCCCCGAUGUAACGAAUAAGAAGGUUGUCGUCGUCGGCUGUGCCACCAGCGGCCACGAUAUCUCAGCCGACUUUGUCACGCAUGGGGCCAAGGAGGUGACAAUGGUGCAGCGACAUCCAAUCUUUUCCAUCUCGCGCGAGUCGUGGGAGAACUCCAUGCUCUCACUCUGGACAAUCCCGGGUCUGAGUACUGAGGAAGCAGACAUUGUGGGCAAUGCUAUCCCGCUGGCACUGAUACGCAGGAUGAGCAUCGGGUUGACGCAGGCGAUGGCCAAAAAUGACAAGACGGUGCACGAUGAGUUGAAGAAGGCUGGGUUGGUGAUUAAGGAGGGCGAAGACGGGUAUGGGUUGGCGGACUACCAGCUCAUCAAGGGCGGGCAGUAUUACAUCGACCAGGGGGCGAACCAGAUGAUCAUUGACGGCAAGAUUCGGAUCCAGAGGUGCGAGGAGGGUAUAAAGGAGUUCCAAGCGGAUGGCCUAGUCUUGGCAAACGGUACAAAGCUCGAGGCGGAUGUGGUGGUGCUCGCGACGGGUUUCGAGCAGAACAUCACUACAGUCGAGAAACUGCUUGGGACGGAUGUUGUUCAGAGGCUAGAUGGGUUCGCGAACUUGGAUGCCGAGCAGGAACGCUCAGGUUGGUGGCGAGCCACUGGAGUGCCUGGUUUCUGGUACAUGACUGGCAGCUUCAUGAUGUGUCGACAGUUCUCCUUGCCGCUGGCGUUGCAGAUUGCGGCGGUUGAGAAGGGUCUGAACACGUCUUACUAUGCCUAG